UUUUAAAGAAAAUUCUUCGAUGCCCAAUUUAUUAAAAGAAAAAUUUUUCCCCCAAUUGAAGCUUACAGCCAUCGACUUCCAAGUCCCGUUUCAAAUUUCCCAAAACGUCAAAACCUAUAAUUUCCCCCAAUUCCCCCAGCCCUCGACUCUCAAGUUGUCCUAACCACUGUCUAGUACCGGUCAAGCACCGUCAACUGUUUACCGUCGAUUACCGACCACCGGCCUCCAAUUUCUCGUUUAACUGAUGUCAGACGGAUCUGAACGUGCUAACCAUGAUGAGGUCAAUAGUAGAGCACCGGCUUCUGAAUAUGGGACGAGUAGUAAUGUCCCAAUCCCUCCGGCUCUGAAACAAGAACUUAAAAAUAUGUUCUUUGAGUAUAUGAACCAGUGGUUCAGUAAAUUUAUGCAAGAAAGAAAUCUGGCUCAACAACCUCCAUCCCCUAUUGUACCGCCUAUAGUGCCUCCGGUUGCACCUCCACCUCCACCAGUGAAUGAAUCUAGUAAACGUACUCCGAUUGGGAAACUUCGGAAGUAUGGGGCUGAAGAAUUUCGAGGUAGGUUGGAAGAUGAUUCAGUUAAAGCCGAGUAUUGGCUUCAAAAUACAAUAAAAGUCUUUGAAGAAAUGGCUUGCUCCCCUAAUGAUUAUCUUAGAUGUGCUGUUUUUUUACUGAAAGAGGAAGCAUAUAACUGGUGGUCGACAAUAGUGGCUGUAGUGCCAAAGGAGAAAAUUUCCUGGGAAUUUUUCCAAACUGAAUUUAAGAAGAAAUAUAUCGGUAAAAGAUAUUUAGAUAAGAAGAAGAGAGAAUUUCUUGAGUUGCGCCAAGAAAACAGAUCAGUAGCUGAGUAUGGAAGUGAAUUUCUAUACCUCAGUAAAUAUGCUCGAGAAAUUGUGCCAACCGAAGAAGAAAUGUGCUUUCGAUUUAAAGAAGGGUUGAAUGAUGAAAUCCAAAUAAUGAUUGGAGGCAAUGAAAUUCGAGAAUUUGUUGUUUUGUUAGAUCAUGCACAGAAAAUGGAAGAGUUGUAUAAUCGAAAAAUGCAAAGGGAUAGACAGAAUCGAGAAUCUUAUAAAAGAGGUUCUUCUAAAACAUUUUCGGCAUCGCCGGCUAAAAAGUCUAAAGAUGAUUUCAGUCGAGCUACCUCAAUGUCUGAACAAUCAAAUAAAAACAAGAUGAUUCAACCUGAUUACGUGGUAUCUACUAGACCCACUGUUAGUGUGGGUAGUGUGCAAAAUACUCCUAAGCCUAAAUGCAGAUAUUGUGAGAAAUACCACCUUGGCGAGUGUAGAAGUAAAGUAGGGGCUUGUUAUAAGUGCGGAGCAACUGAUCAUUUUAUCCGAAAUUGUCCUCAAUUGUAAAAAGUAAAGGAAGAGCAGAAAAAAAAGCAAUUGCCUACUUCUCAGAGAAGUAGACGUUCGGGCUAAAAUAGUGCUACUGGGACUACUCGUUCGGGUAUGAAAGAUAUUGCUGAUCAGUCAGAGGCUAGAGCACCUGCGCGUACCUAUGCCAUUCAAAUAAGAGAAGCACAACACUUGGGAAAAAUAGAAGCCGCUGGCUCGAAUGGGAGCAACUGUCACUGGAAUUGAUGCAGUAGAGAAAAACAUCAAGAUUGCCCGUCUUCAUGCUAAUUUGGAUCCAACAACUUCAACUAUUGAAUACUUUUGUACAACAGCAGAAAAGCUGGUUGAAGAGCAGAGAAAGUUUGAUUCAUUGAUUGCUUUAGAGGUGAUUGAGCACGUAGCAGAUGCUGCUGAAUUCUGCAAGGCUCUCUCGGCAUUAACUGCUCAUGAAGGAGCUACUGUUGUUUCAACAAUUAAUCGCUCUAUGAGAUCAUAUGCAACUGCCAUUGUUGCAGCAGAGUACCUGCUACAAUGGCUACCUAAAGGUACUCAUCAAUGGUCGAGUUUCCUGACCCCAGAAGAACUCACCAAGAUUUUAAAAUGUGCAGGGGUUGAUGUGAAAGAGAUGGCGGGAUUUGUGUACAACCCUUUAACAGGGAGAUGGUCACUAUUGGAUGAUAUUAGUGUAAAUUUUAUUGCUUAUGGUACUAAAGAAAAGUAAUGAAGAAUAGGGUUGUUAAGGUGUGCCAGACUGUGGAACAACGUAGCGCUGCAAAUUCGAUUUCUUGAAAUAAGUUUUCUUGAAACAUUUCAAUGAAUAUACCUAUGGGUUUGGUUGGGCCCAAAUUAAA